ACUAGUUAAACCUUCUGCUGAGUCUCAGGACAUAAGAAGCCUUUUGUUCAUCUCAUCUGCCUACGGGGACAUGUCUUCACCCAGAAAGGCUACAGGAAAGCCCGGAAAAGAUAAGCAGGAAGAUGACUCUACCACGCAAAACCUGAAUUCCUGGUCGCAUUUGCCUUCAUCGAGUCAGGAACCGACACAUAGAUCAGUGCCUAGUGAGGCUUUUACACAUCAAGUUAACUUAGAUAAGGUAAUAUUCUCUUUUUCGGAUUUCAAACAUAGUGAUUUUGUGGACCUUUUUCAAGAACCUACAGAAAGUGAGAGUGAACACAGUAUGUGGACAGCCAAUGACGCCUACCUCAGAGACAAAUGGAUCAACGAGGAUGAGCUUGCAGGGCCGUCGCGGGCUGUCUCCCCGCGUGUGCACGGUAUACAGAUUAUUUCUGAAAGGGAUUUAGUUCAGUUGGCUCAGAUUCGGCCAUUAAGAUUCAGUUUUCACGAGCAAUCAGACAUCAAGAAUUAUUUUCAAGUACUUAAGAAAAGGGUAGAAGAACAUGAAAUCAUCCAGGAGUAUAUGGCUUUGGACCAUAAGAAUCCGCAUUGUGAGUUCAACUGUGGGAAUGAACCAUGCAACAGAGACAAAAACAGAUAUCGAGACAUCCUUCCAUAUGAUUCAACACGUGUUCCUCUCGGAGAAAACAAGGACUACAUUAAUGCUAGUUACAUUAGGAUAAUCAAUGGUGGAGAAGAGUAUUCCUAUAUUGCUACCCAAGGGCCACUGCCAAGUACCACAGAUGACUUUUGGCAAAUGAUUUUGGAACAUAACUCUAAUGUUAUUGUCAUGAUAACCAGAGAGAUAGAAGGUGGAGUUGCCAAAUGCCACCAUUACUGGCCCGUUUCUAUGAAGAAGCCUUUGGAACUGAAACACUGUCGUAUCUUCCUGGAGAACUACCAGAUCCUUCCAUAUUUCACCAUUCGAGUAUUUCAAGUUGUGAGGAAAUCUACAAAAACUAGCCACUUUAUAAAACAGCUGCAGUUCACCAACUGGCCAGACCAUGGCACUCCUGCACCACCAGAUGGUUUCAUACAGUAUGUCCGCUGCGUGAGGAGCAACCACCUGACAGGGCCCAUCGUGGUUCACUGCAGUGCGGGAGUGGGCCGCACCGGGGUGUUCAUCUGUGUGGACGUGGUGUUCUGCGCCAUUGAGAACAACUUCGCAUUCAACAUCAGAGAUAUCGUGGCCCAAAUGAGAGCACAACGUCAUGGCAUGGUUCAAACAAAGGAGCAGUAUUGGUUUUGUUAUAAAAUUGUGCUUGAAGUUCUUCAGAAGCUUGCGACUUUGGAUUUAGAAAGACUGCCUCACACUUGACAUACCAGGUGGCCUGGAGCUUCCUCAGAAAGAGCAUGACAGGUUGUGCCGAAGGAAGGGCUCUGCUUCGUGCACAAUGUGCUUCCUUGGUGUAUCAUUUGAUUUCCUUUCCGACAACUCCCUGAAGGCCGAAGCAUUUAGUUUGGGGUGAAUAGUGUUUACCCACUUAUUUUACUGAGAUAAUAUCAAAAUACCCUCCCACAUUUUCCAACGAAAUAAAAGUUUCUUAAAACAA